UCGACCAUCUGCCAUUUUGGUUUUGUUCCCGUCUUGCAGUCGCAAAGCCAGCAACGCGAUUACACAGGACUCAACCCACGGAACGACACAGUGACUCGACAUUACAGUCCGAAGCCUUUUCAAACCGCAUUCUGUUUCCUUUUUAAUCAGUAAACUACAGUAAUUGUUGUUAUUGACGUUAAGACCCACACUAGAGGAGCGGUUUGCACUGAGAAGGGACAGAGAAGGAUUAUUGAUGUCCAGCUCGCCGUUGUCCAAGAAGCGUCGCGUGUCAGACUCAGAGACGAAGACGGGAUCCAACUGUUCCUCCUCGAACUCUCUCACAACUGAACUAGCACACACACCCGCCAACGGCAUGGCUAAGAAUGGCAGUGAUGCUGAGAUUGAUGAAGGCUUGUACUCCAGACAGCUCUACGUGUUGGGCCAUGAGGCGAUGAAGCGCAUGCAAUGUUCCAACGUCCUCAUCUCAGGGUUGAGAGGACUCGGAGUGGAGAUCGCCAAGAAUGUCAUCCUCGGGGGGGUCAAGAGUGUUACCCUGCAUGACCAGGGACUGGCAGAGUGGAGAGACCUCUCGUCACAGUUCUACCUGCGUGAGGAGGACCUGGGGAAGAACAGAGCGGAGGUGUCCCAGACUCGCCUGGCGGAGCUCAACAGCUACGUGCCUGUUGUUUCUUACAGUGGAGCCCUGACUGACGACUACCUGACCCAGUUCCAGGUGGUGGUGCUGACCAACUCCCCUCUGGAAGAACAGCAGCGCGUGGGAGAGCUGUGUCACUCCAAGGGCAUAAAGCUGGUCGUGGCUGACACCCGGGGACUCUUUGGACAGCUCUUCUGUGACUUCGGGGAGGACAUGGUGGUGUUUGACACCAAUGGAGAACAGCCUCUCACUGCUAUGAUCUCCAUGAUUACUAAGGAUGCUGCAGCCGUAGUGACCUGUCUGGAUGAGGCUCGCCACGGCUUUGAGAGCGGAGACUUUGUUACUUUCACAGAGGUGCAGGGAAUGACCGAGCUCAACGGCUGCCCACCAGUAGAAAUCAAGACCCUAGGUCCCUACACCUUCAGCAUCUGUGACACCACAGGGUUCUCCGACUACAUCAGGGGUGGAAUUGUCUCUCAGGUCAAGAUGCCCAAGAAGAUCUCCUUCAAAUCCCUGACUACAUCCAUGGCAGAGCCAGAGUUUGUUCUGACCGACUUUGCCAAGUUUGACCGACCAGGACAGCUACACUUGGGCUUCCAGGCCCUACACAACUUCCAGACAAAACACAACCGUCUGCCGAAGCCCUGGUGUCAGGUUGAUGGUGAGGAGCUGGUGUCUCUAGCUAAAGAGGUGAACUCCAUCCAGACGGGGUUGGCUAAGGUGGAGGAGCUGGACGACGAGCUUAUUAAGAAACUGGCCUUCGUUGCCGCCGGUGACAUCGCACCACUCAACGCUUUCAUUGGUGGCCUGGCCGCACAGGAAGUCUUGAAGGCCUGUACAGGGAAGUUCAUGCCAGUGAUGCAGUGGCUGUAUUUUGAUGCACUGGAGUGUCUCCCUGAAGAUGGAGCAGAGGCCCUCUCACCAGAAGACUGUGCCCCAAGGAACAGUCGCUAUGACAGCCAGAUCGCGGUAUUUGGCUCCAGGCUGCAGGAGGAGCUGGCUAAACAACGCUACUUCCUGGUUGGGGCUGGUGCUAUUGGCUGUGAGCUGCUCAAGAACUUUGCUAUGAUGGGAUUGGCCAGCGGGGAGGGUGAGGUCAUUGUGACGGACAUGGACACCAUCGAGAAGUCCAACCUCAACAGGCAGUUCCUCUUCAGGCCGUGGGAUGUGACGAAGAUGAAGAGCGAGACUGCCGCAGCGGCUGUGAAGCAGAUGAACCCGUCCGUCCGGAUCACUGGUCACCAGAACCGCGUUGGGCCGGACACGGAGCGCGUCUAUGAUGACGACUUCUUUGAGAGCCUCCACGGAGUCGCCAACGCCCUGGACAAUGUUGACGCACGUAUGUACAUGGACAGGCGGUGUGUCUACUACAGGAAGCCCCUCCUGGAGUCAGGUACUCUGGGCACUAAGGGCAACGUCCAGGUGGUCAUUCCGUUCCUCACGGAGUCAUAUAGCUCUUCUCAGGACCCUCCAGAGAAAUCCAUCCCCAUCUGCACUCUCAAGAACUUCCCAAACGCCAUCGAACACACCCUCCAGUGGGCUCGUGAUGAGUUUGAGGGUCUGUUCAAACAGCCAGCAGAGAACGCCAUGCAGUAUCUCACAGAUCCGAAGUUCCUGGAGCGUACCCUGAAGCUCCCUGGUGCUCAGCCCCUGGAGGUUUUGGAGGCCGUCUAUAAGAGCCUGGUGACGGACUGCCCCAACAGCUGGGCAGACUGUGUCACCUGGGCACGAUACCAUUGGCAGUGCCAGUACAGCAACAACAUCCGCCAGCUACUGCACAACUUCCCCCCUGACCAGCUGACUAGCUCUGGCGCCCCCUUCUGGUCAGGUCCAAAGAGAUGUCCUCACCCUUUAGAGUUCAGCACCAGCAAUGACCUUCAUAUGGACUAUGUGAUGGCAGCGGCCAACCUGUUUGCCCAGUCGUACGGCUUGCCAUGUUCUACGGACCGCGUGGCCGUGGCCAAGAUCCUGGACAGCCUAUCGGUGCCCACCUUUGUCCCCAGGUCAGGGGUCAAGAUCCACGUCUCUGACCAGGAGCUGCAGAGCGCCAACGCCUCAGUCGAUAAAACUAUCAAGACAGGUCCCGCCUCUCGUCACCGGCCAUAUGACAACAGGCUGGAGGAACUCAAGUCUCAGCUUCCUGGAGCUGAAGCGGCGUCUAAGUUUAAACUCACAGCUGUCGACUUUGAGAAGGAUGAUGACUCUAACUUCCACAUGGACUUCAUAGUGGCUGCAUCCAACCUGCGAGCAGAGAACUACGACAUUCCCCCAGCAGACAGACACAAGAGUAAGCUGAUAGCUGGGAAGAUCAUCCCUGCGAUAGCGACCACCACAGCCGCGGUCGUGGGUCUGGUGUGUCUGGAGCUCAUCAAGAUUGUCCAGGGACAUAAGAAGGUGGAGUCCUUUAAGAAUGGAUUCAUGAACCUGGCUCUGCCCUUCUUCGCCUUCUCAGAACCCAUCGCUGCCCCCAGUCACAAGUACUAUGAUAUCGACUGGUCUCUGUGGGAUCGUUUCGAGGUGAAAGGUAUUAAACCCAACGGUGAAGAGAUGACACUGAGAGAGUUCCUGGACUACUUUAAGAAUGAACACAAGUUGGAGAUCACCAUGUUGUCUCAGGGCGUGUCCAUGCUCUAUUCGUUUUUCAUGCCUGCCGCUAAACUCAAGGAGAGACUGGCACUUCCGAUGACCGAGAUCGUGACCAAGGUGUCCAAGAAGAAGCUGGGGAAGCACGUCAAAGCCCUGGUGUUUGAGCUCUGCUGCAACGACCUGACGGAUGAGGACGUGGAGGUGCCCUACGUCAGAUACACCAUCCGCUGAGCCCACGCACGCGCUCACACACACCUUACACACACCGCACACACACCUCGGGGGGGGUGGGGGGUGGGGGGAUGAAUCAGAGUCAGAGGAGAGUUGGAUCCCGCCCUGGCAGAAGGUUGUUGGAGGCCAGAACCAGAGUCAAGUGGCCACCUAAUUCUCUGUAUACCACUGGUUUAAAGUGCCCUACUUAGAGGAUAGGGGCCCCUUGGGAACCCUCUUGAGUUUAGGAGCCACCUGGUGCCAUCUGACGUCGGGGGGGGGUGGUUGUAUAGACGGGGGGGUUGGGUGUGGGCUGGGGAAUGUAUAUAUCGGACCUCUAGACUUUGUGUAUCUGACUGUCUGGUCAUAUUAAUACUAUUAAGCCUUUAGUGUCUGACCCUCCCGUCCCCUGAUUCUGUCUCCCCCAGUACGACCAGAUCCCUGGCCCAACACUUCUUUAAUCCUCUCCCUCCUCCCGGUCCUCUGAAUCACAUUUUAAAAUGCAUCAUAACGUGACACCCAUUUGACCAGAAAUGCCCCCCCCCCCCCCCCCCCCC